GCCAGGGAGAGAGAGCAUAUACUUGGUAGAGAGAGAUAUUGAAUAGAAGAUGCCGAAGGUGUGGAGAAGGACAGAAAGCAGGUAGUGCCACGUGUUACACUACCUGGCGAACACACAUCGCAUCUUCGGCUUCCGUUCCAUCAUCUCCCUCCCUCUUCCUCCCCUCACAGGUUUUUAUCCUUGCACCCUCCAAAGCUUUUGCCUGUGGCGGUCUUCGUCUCUUCUUCACCUUAUUUUUUUUCUUGCUUUUCCCUUUUUAAACCUUUUUGUUCUCGUCGCCCUAAGAACUGUUUCAUUUUCCAGAGAGAGAGAGAACCCAGAGUUCUGAAAUUUUGGUUUUCUAUGAUCAGGUCUAUUUUAGCUGUUGCAUCGAGCCUGGAUUCUGCAAUUAGAGGAGGAGGUGUUCGUAAUUGGAAUUUUUAUUGAUUGAGCUUCGUUUUCUAUUUUUAUAUUAGAUUUAGGGUUCUUCUUCUUAUUCUUCUUUUUUUUUUUGGGUGGUGGUGCUGGAAUUGGCAGCCAUGAUUGGUAUUGGAAGAUUUGAUUGUUUUAGGUUCUGAUGUUGAGCUGCCAAAUGAAAAUUUUAUUUAUUUGUUGUUUUGGAAUAAGUGAGCAGCCUGGUUAUGCAAUUUGAGUUCGAAAAUAUUAUUAGCUCUAUGUUAUGAGAGUGAUACCUCCAUGUGUAAUAAAAACAUUGAGUGCUUGAACAAGACUCAUAGCCCUGUUGAUAGCCAGCAAAACCCUCACCACUUGAUGGAUAUCCCAACAUCUGCCGCUUCCACUGGCUCCAACGUGAGUUCAUAUGAUGAAACCCCCCGUGUUAAGUUCUUGUGUAGCUUCCUAGGUAGCAUUAUGCCUCGACCUCAGGAUGGCAAGUUGCGUUAUGUGGGUGGAGAGACGAGAAUUGUGAGUUUGCCAAGGGAUAUUUGUUAUGAAGAAUUGAUGAGUAAAAUGAGGGAGCUGUAUGAAGGGGCAGCGAUUUUGAAAUAUCAACAGCCUGACGAGGAUCUUGAUGCCUUGGUGUCGGUUGUGAAUGAUGAUGAUGUGACUAACAUGAUGGAGGAGUAUGAAAAGUUGGGUUCUGGGGAUGGAUUCACUAGGCUUAGGAUAUUUCUAUUUUCACAUCAGGAACAAGAUGCUUCUUCACAUUAUGUUGAUGGAGAUGAGAGGGAGUCUGAGAGAAGGUAUGUGGAUGCACUGAAUAAUUUGAAUGAUGGAGCUGAUUUUAGACGGCAGCAAUCUGAGUCUCCUUCGAUUGGUCCAGUUGAAGAUAUCCAUCUACAGGAACAGUUAUUUAAUCCAAUGAAUCUUGACAGUGGCCUUCACAGCCAGAGGAAUAGUGAGAUGUCAAUGCUACAGUACAACUUGCAUCACAUUGCAGUUCCUCAGCGGUUUAGUGAAAUGGAAGGUUCAUGGAGUCCUGCAAUUUAUUCUCCUGGGCAUCAUGGGCAACCUGAUCCAAGACCAAUAACAGAGUUUCCAAGUUCCCCCCCUUCUCGGUAUCGUAUGCAGUUUGGGGAAUUGCCCGAUAGAGGCAUGGAUAGAAUAUCUGAAGAAUAUGCUCGGUCUCAACUAAGUCAUCAUCCUGCUUUUGACCACCAGCUGCCAUAUUCCGAGAAUGUAAUAUGGAUGCCUUCUGGAGCUAUCUCCAGUGACAAGGCUGGUUUUCCUAACAACUUGCUGCAUGGUCCCAGUGUUAUUGAUGGGAACAAUGCUUGUGAGCAUUGUCGGGUGGCUUUCCAAAGAAAUCAACAUCAUUUGGAGCAACCCAACAUAGGAAAUGCAGUUCACCAGGUUGCUAAUCCUUGUGCUGAGUGCCAUCCUAAUAGGGAUCAUUUCAUGUUAAAUGCGGAUGCAAAGGUUCACCACUCAUUGUAUCCCAAAGAUCAGAAUGAUCCUCGAUCCAUCUACGGUGAAGCCCAUGGCCAUGAAAGAGGAUGGAAUCUGCAACAUCAGUCAAGUCCUUGUGCUGAUGAAGCAAGAGUACAUAUCUCUGGAGCUGGAAGAUUAAACGAGCACUACAUUCUAGAUGGUCCUGGCAUGAAUUAUCCUAUUGGGCAUGCCAAUUUGGUGGAUGGCCAUCAUAUGUCGUCUAAUUAUAUCCAUCAUCAAACUGGAUAUGAAUUGGGUAAUGAAGUGUUUCAUGAUCAACCAGUGGCUGCUUCACACCAUCUACAUGUUCCACUUCCUGAUGAACGUGCAGUCCGGUAUGGGAAUUUUCCUUAUGCUUAUGGAGCAGAUAGUCUUUAUCCAAUGUCUCAUGGACAUUCACAUCCUCAGAAUUUAUGGCGAAAUGUUCAGAACCCUGUCCAUAGUACUCCUUAUGAAACAUCUGGCACAACCCCACAGGUGAAUGGUACUGUUAAUCCAGCACUUCUCAGGGGCACAAUGGAGGGUGGUCAAAGGGUUGUUACUAGCAUGGAUAAUCAGCACUCUAGGAUAGAGUCCUCACCAAAAAUUUUAGGUUUUGAUGGGACAACUACACCAGACUACUCUUAUGGUCAUCCUUUGAAAUUGGCUCCAAAUCAUUGUAGUCCAGAGAAUAAGCAGUUGCUUGCUCAUGAAACCACCCGACCACCCCUUCCACGUGAAAUGCAUAACUCAUCUCCAAUUUUGGGUACUUCUGGUUACAAUCCAGAUUUAAAUAGCCGAACAAUUGCUGAGGCAGUAAAAAUGGAUGAAAAAACUGCCCUUAGCAUGGACAAAGAAACAAAUCAUGUAGAAAAGGUUGAAAAAUUAGAUGUGCCAAACAUACCCUGUCCAGAUCAAAAAAUGAUUCCCCAUACAAAUAGUGAUGCUGCAUUAGCGGAGUCUGCCCAUUCUAAUGUUUUGAGGAAUACUGAAGGAAGUGGUGACAUUGUGAAAGUGGGUGAAAAAGACCCUUCUGCUGUUAUGGAAGAAACAAAGCUAUCAAUUGACCAAUUAAGUUUUUUACCUGAGCUUAUUGCUACUAUGAAAAAAGUAGCACUGGAAGAGGCUGAGGAGGUGAAAGCUAUAGUCAAAGAAAAUCCUGACUCUGUAGUGCUUAGUUCAAUAGGAAAAGAAGCAACUCUUACUGAAUCUGAAGUAGUGAAUGCUCAAGAAGAAACAGAGUUGGAUUCAGACAAUGAUAAUAUAAACUCUAACAAAAUUGAGCCAACCAAGGCUGAGGCAGAAGCCCUUGAAAGGGGAUUACAGACAAUAAAAAAUGAUGAUCUGGAGGAGAUCCGUGAAUUAGGUUCUGGAACAUAUGGAGCUGUUUAUCAUGGAAAAUGGAAGGGUUCUGAUGUUGCUAUAAAGAGAAUAAAAGCGAGCUGCUUUGCUGGGAAGCCUUCUGAAAGAGAGCGUUUGAUUGCAGAUUUUUGGAAGGAGGCUUUAAUGUUGAGUUCAUUACACCAUCCAAAUGUUGUUUCUUUCUAUGGCAUAGUUCGUGAUGGCCCAGAUGGAUCUUUAGCAACUGUGACCGAGUUUAUGGUUAAUGGAUCUCUGAAACAGUUUUUGCAGAAGAAAGACAGAACCAUAGAUCGUCGUAAGAGACUCAUUAUAGCUAUGGAUGCUGCAUUUGGGAUGGAGUAUUUGCAUGGGAAGAACAUUGUCCAUUUUGAUUUGAAAUGUGAGAACUUGUUAGUAAAUAUGAGAGAUCCACAGCGGCCUGUUUGCAAGAUUGGUGACUUGGGCUUAUCAAAGGUGAAACAGCACACCUUGGUGUCAGGUGGUGUACGUGGAACUUUACCCUGGAUGGCACCUGAGCUUUUGAGUGGAAAAAGCCACAUGGUGUCGGAGAAGAUUGAUGUAUACUCAUUUGGGAUUGUUAUGUGGGAAUUACUCACGGGGGAAGAACCUUAUGCUGGCAUGCAUUGCGCCUCCAUUAUUGGAGGGAUUGUGAACAACUCUCUACGUCCACAAAUCCCAACAUGGUGCGAUCCAGAAUGGAAGUCAUUAAUGGAAAGUUGUUGGGCCCCUGAUCCGGCAGAGAGGCCAUCAUUUUCAGAAGUUUCUAAGAAACUGAGAAACAUGGCUGCUGCAGUUAAUGUAAAAUAAUUCUGUUCCUGGAUCAGUUGAUUUCAAUUACCUUGCUGGCUGAAAAGGUUCAAAAAAUAAAUAAAUAAAUAAAUAAAAAAUUUAAAAAAAUAAAAAAAGGAGAAAAACCACCAAGAUUUCUCUUUUUAAUGACGUCUACCAGUUUGGAAGCAUAUUCUGGCUAAAAGGUAUUGUUAUGGGUUUGAUUCAUCUUAUGUGAAGCUUUUGCCUAUAUGGGAUUUGAGGAGGGGUGGGGAGUGUUUCUUAAGAGUCAACCCAUGCAUUCUAGGCCGAAUUAACCUUGAAGCUACAGGAUACAUGAAGAGCUGUGGAUGUACAAUUAAAAUGUCUUUCGUUAUUUUGAGCAUGAUCAAAAUAGCAGUACUAAGAGUGAUUUCUACUAUCAUUUGAUAUGGGUCCGAGUUCUUUCAAGAUGUGUGUUAUAACAGAUGAUAUCAGUCGCGAUGGUAUUUAGGAUUUUCUAAGCUUCACAUUGGAAGGAUGAUGAGGAGGAGGAGGAUAAUCCUUAAUACAUAAGGAUUUCUUAUGAAACUUCAGAACUGAUCUUGAAAUUUUCCCCCUUGUUAAAACCCUUGAUUCCUUUCUUUUGAUUCUACGUCCGCAGACUUCAUGUUUAUAUAUAUAUAUAUAUAUGUGUGUGUGUAUGUCUCUGUGCAUGUGUGUGUUACAUGCACGGGGAUGUAAAAUGUAUAUGAUUAUCAUAUGAGGAAGUGUGGUAGUACAGUUCAGGCACUCGCUAAGCUACAUCAAGAUUCUUAUGCUCGCAGGCUUUAAUGUUUGCUAUUUUGUUAUUUGAGUUUAAUUACUUUCUGAAAUAUCAACAUUAGAUUUUGUACAGAAGUGCAAGGAAUUGGGUUUA